AUGCCAAAACCAAAGCCAUCCAAAAAGGAACCCGCCCGCCAACCCUCCCAACCACAACAGCAACCCCCGAACUGGCCUCCUCUCCGCCCACUGAUCCCCUCAUCGGACCUGUACCUCGACCCGCUCCUCCCGGACCAGAUCUACCUAAUCCGCAACUUCCUUCCUGCCUCGCUAUGCAAGACAUACGUCUCAUUCCUCUCCUCGCUCCCCCUAAUAACAACUCCCGGUAAGCCGAAAAAGGGCGACGCCGUCCGCGUCAACGACCGGUUCCAGAUCCAGGAUGGGGCGUUCGCUGAGAAUCUCUGGCGCGGGACGGCACUGCAGGAGCUUGUAACCGACCCCACUAAUCUCACCGAAGAGGGAGAAGGGGAAGGUGGGAGUCCCGGCGCAGGAGAGAGGACAAUGAAGGAAGUCUGGGGCGGCGAACCGCUCGGCUUGAAUGCGAAUAUUCGUAUCUAUCGAUAUUCCCCCGGCCAGUUCUUUGCGCAGCAUUACGACGACUCCAACACACUCUCCUUCCUCUCGCCCUCAACACCGCCCAAGCCCGCGCGCACCACAUGGACGCUCCUAAUCUACCUAUCCUCCUGCACAGGCGGCGAAACAGUCUUCUACCCAGAACCAACGCGCGCCAAUCGUAACCCAGAGCCGAUCUCAGUCGCGCCCGAGAUGGGAAUGGCACUGUUGCAUCGGCAUGGGGACCGGUGUAUGCUGCAUGAGGGGAAGGAGGUUACGGGUGGAGAGAAGUGGGUGUUGAGGAGUGAUUUGGUAGUUGCGAGAUGA